GGGCCAGUGAAGGGGAGGAGCUUAGAGGGUGGGCUGAUCACUGCCAACAAACAACACUGAGCCCAUUGCCAGAAGGGAUUUCUUCAGAUUUCUUUUGACACCUGUAGAUUAUUUUAAGGAGCUACUUGGAUCGUUCGAGCGCCACCUGACUGAAUGGCUGUCCAGCGGUGGAUGAAUUAAAAUGCAGUGUGUUCUGGAGAGAGUGUAUGUGUGCAGUGCAUGGACACUCUCAACAUGAAGACAUUGAUCUGUGUGUCGCAGCUGGCUGUGAUUCUGCUCUACGUUCCUCUUGUACAGGUUUUAACCAUUCUGGGCAAUUCCCACUCCAAAGUGAUGCUGUUCCCUGAGGCGUGGGGCCGCAGUCAGUGUCGUUCUCUGGAGCAGAUGGUGGAGGUGGAGCAGGAGUAUCCCGGAGGAGUCGAACACAUCUAUAAUCCCGGCUGUGUGCCGCUGCUGCGCUGCUCCGGAUGCUGCAACGAUGACAAACUGACCUGUUUCCCCGCCAGCACACACAACAUCAGCAUCCAGGCACAGACACUGUCACCUCAGACACACACGCUGCUUGAAGAUAAGAAUCUUCUACACACAGCUGUUUUCAUUAAACUGCAGCUCAGUGACGAAACAUCAACAAAAACAUCCGGCUGACUUCUGAACACACUGGAAUCAGGGUUAUUAACGAAAACUAAAGCUAAAACCAAAACCAUAAAAAAAUUGUUACAUGAAAUUAAUAAUAAAAAAAAAACUUUGACUAAAUUAAAAUAAACUCUUUUUUUUUAACCUUACUCAUUUUUAUUUAACUUCAUGCACUAAGUAAACACACUAAACCUGAAAUAAGAGUAAUAAAAUCCCUAUUAUUAUUAUUAUAUUUUUAAUUUAGCAUUUGUUGUUUUUAUCACUGCAACAACAGAAAAUCAUAGCACGAGUCUUGCCUUACCUAGAGUAUUAAAUGACAUUCUGUUAUCAGUUGAUUUAGGGCAUUCGGUUAUUCUAGUUUUAUCGGACCUGAGUGCUGCAUUUGAUACAGUUGACCGUACCAUUCUUACUUUUUACAUCUUGAACAAUGUGUUAGUAUUCAAGGCCAAACCCUAAACUGAUUUAAAUCCUUGUUUAAUUUGUGAUCUUCUCAGUAGACAUCAGAAAUACGGUUUAUUCAGUUGCUCCUCUGACUUAUGGUGUUCCCCAAGGGUCUAUUCUCGCCCCGACCCUGUUUUCUUUGUAUAAGCUUCUUCUAGGUAAUAUCAUUAGGAAACACGGAGGGCCAUUUCAUGUUUAUGCAGAUGAUACACAAAUAUAUCUGCCUCUGAAUCAAAAAGACAUGAAAGGGUUAAGAAAUCUGUUUGAAUGUCUAGAGGACAUGUCUUGUGCUUAAAUUCUAGUAAAACAGAAGGUAUUGUAUUUUGGGCCUCAGGUGAAUAAGGCUAAUGUAAACCAUAAUCUGGGAUAUUUUAACUCCUUUAUUAAGCAUACUGUGAAAAAUUUAGGAGUGCUCUUAAAUACCUCCCUGAAAUUUGAUCAUCAGAUAAACACAGGAGUUUUUUCCAUAUAAAA